UCGUGAAUAGCUAGUUUUAGCUAUACACAACAAGCGAGCUGGUGGGAAACAGACACGAUUUAGUUGGUUCUACAGCGUUUUGCGAGGAUCACAGUUAGCAUGAAGACCGUAGCGGUGUUUCUGCUGUUCCUGGCCGGUUCCUGGGCCCACUUGUGUCUGAUCAGUCCGCCUCAGCGGGGGUCGAUGUUUGACAUCAACAAACCCGCAUCCCCUGACUGUGGCCUGACUACUGGACCCUGUGGACAGAGGCCAGCUCUAAACAAAACAACUGUGGUUUUUCUGUCAGGGUCCCGUUACACCGUGACAAUACAGAAGAACCUGGAUCAUUAUGACUCAUCAUCUCCGGGAGAGUUCACUAUCAGUUUCCGGCCAAGCAGGAAGGGGGGAUUUACUCUCCUGGAAAAGAUCCCCGACAAUGGUGAACCGUCCCUUACCCUGUACUCUGUCAACAUCACCAUUCCUAAACCUACAGCGCAUUCCGACAUCGGGACCCUUCAGGCGGCGUACGUCACCAGGAACCCCCAGGCUCCGCCCGUAUUCUACCAGUGUACAGACUUCUUCAUCGAGCCUCUGUAGGAUGUACCUGGGAGGGGUGCAGCGAGCAGCAGCAGACAGUAGGGCUGGGUACCGGUACGGUGUACCGGUACA